CACGUGUAUUUUAAGGGGGAAUAGCAAAAAUUAUGAUUCGCGGUUAACUUACUUAAUUGUGCCUAUUCGGGUUAUUAACGUGAAUAGAAAGUGUCGUCUUCGGUGCACACUUGCUUCGAUUGAAAUAGCCUUAAAUUAGUACACCGAAUAUUUUGGCCCAGCCAUGGUAGUGAGGAAGAAGGUUUCGAAGGUGGAAGCCGUUUCCUUGGAUUGUACUAAGCUGGAGAUCCUAAAGGAAUCUCUUUCCGUGGAUGGAGAAGGUGAGGCUUAUCUACUUGCUCAGACCCUGCGGGAUUCCCUCUGCCAGACUGACCCGGUCCAGCAGAUACAGCUGGUUAAGAAGGCUGGGACCCUACUGGAGCAGCUGAGAGAGGACUCCCCUCCCCCAGACUCCCUGCUCCAUGCCUGUCUGGAGACGCUCUCUGUCAUGUACACCUCCCUGCAGAAUAAGAACCCCCUGAAGAGAGCGGUCGCUAGUGCGCUGAGCUCAGUGCCAGUUUGGCUCCAGGAGGGGUCUGUUGGCAGCCUGUCCGUGUGUCUGUCAGACAGUCUGUCCACCCUGGGCCCAGAUCAGUACCCCCACCUCACUGACUGCAUCGCUUCCUUCUUGGACGGCUUCCCCAUUGGUGAGCGCUGUAUUCACAGACUCCUAACAGAGGUGCUGCAGUUCCUCCAAAAGGCAUUGGCGGAAUACCUCCAAACAAACAGUGGCCUGACUGGUCAGCAUGUUGCUCAGGCCCAGCUCAUGCAGUCUACCCUGGCUGCGGUUAAGGCCUCCAUGUUGGUGGUACAGAGGUCACAGGAGUUCAUUGGCAUUGCUGUGCAGGAAGCCCAGGCACAGCGCCCCCUCCUGGAUGCCCUGUGCGAGCUGCUGCAUUGCCAUUCGCGAAUCCUCACUGAUGAGGAGUUCGUGCAGGCGGUCCAGAGCACGGCAGGGAUGGCGGUUGUCCUGCUGACCCGGAGCAUGCUGGGAAAUGCCGAGCAGGUGGCCGAAGUGUUAGCUGAUAUGUUGCUGCUCCCAGAAGAAGGUGACGCUGCCCCCAUGUGGCUGAAAGAAAGCUGUGCAGGGCUGUACCAGACGGGGCGCCCAGCGGCAGUGUCUCUCUACCUGUGUCACGGAGCCCUGGCCAUGCUGACCUGGCAGGGCGGGCUGUUGGGCCCCCAGAUGGAAAGGCUCCUGCUGCUGCUCCCCCCAACGCUGCUGGCUCUGGACACCAGUGUGAAGGAGUCCAGCACAGCGAUGGUAGUGGCCCGUGUGUUGGCGCUGUGGAGCGGCGCUGCACUGGACAGCCUGCAGGGGGAGCCACGUUCCCCUGUCCUACAGGAGGCCUUACAAGGGGAGGCGGAGCUCCCAGGCCGCCUGCGGGAACACGUUUACUCCCACUGGGAGCACCCGCUGGACGGAGUGCGGCACCAGACCCGGAAUCUCUUCCGGAAUCUGCUCCGGAUGCACCAGCUCUGCACGGGUGCUGCCAACCUGACCUCUGACCCCUUCGUGGUGCGGCUGACCCAGAGCCUGCUGGGAUUGGAAUGGCACAGCCGGGGGAAGUACGGCUCGCUAGGCUGCCUUGUGGAGCACCUGGGGGCUGAGCACCUCCUGGCCCUGGAGCCCACGCUGCCUGCUCUCCUGCUCUCCCUAAUGGGUGACCAGACCCUGGCGCCCUAUGCCAGCGACCUCCUGGAGAAGCUGUUCGUCAGCCACCGGGCAGAGCUCAGCUUGCGGGAGGAGGCGGGGCCGGCCUGGAUGGACUGCUGGCACCGCACCUGGGUGGAGCCCCUGCUGGAGAUUUUGUGCCAAGCCAGGCUGGAUCAGACCACCUACAUCCUUGACUACUUCCUGCCCAGGCUUCUGCGAUGCAGUCCAGCCAGCCUGGGUCACAUGGUUCAGGCGCUGCUGGACACCCCUGUCUGUGUGAAAGGUUCCUAUGGCAGCCGGGGGGCGCUGGGGGCUUUGAUGACCUGCUUGCGGGCUGCCAGGGCCCAGGGGGUACUCCGGCCCGCAGAGGAGAGGCUCUGGGAAGGGAUGGUGCCCCUGCCUCUGCUUCGCCAAGCGGUGGUGCACAAACAUGACCAGGUACGGAUGGAUGCCCUGGGCUUGCUGUGCGAGAGCCACCGCAGCACAGAGAUUCUUUCUGCUCCCGAGAUGGACCUCAUCCGCCACUUCCUGCCCCACAACCUCAACAGCCAGUCCCCCGGCGUCAGGCAGCAGACAGUCAGCCUGUUCAAGAAGCUCCUGUGCAGAAUGAAGGACAGUGCCCAGCUGGUGCAGAAGAGGACAGCACAGAGCCAGGGGGAUGGUGACACGCUGGGUGCUUACCAGGCUUUCCUGCACUGGCUGUGUGAAACCCUCUUCCAGGCUCUCCACGUCGGGGCUUCCUUCUCCUCCGCCCUGAUGGCCCUUCAGCUCCUGGGCUUGGUGGCGGAGUUCUUUACCUUCUCCUCAGAGUCUGGUGGGUUUGCCUUGGGUCGGUCUGUGAGCCACGCCCACGCUCAGGCCGUCCUCCGCUGCCUCGCCAGCAACUUCCUGGAGGUCAAGCAGCUGGCCUCGGCGUUGCUACAGAAACUGCCCGCCUCGGCAGUGGGCCUGACGGAGCCACACAGAAUGCGCAUGCUCCUUCGGGUCGCCCUGGACCUCAGCACCAGCACCAAACCCUUCGACAGCGUCACUGCUGCCCAUUUGAUCAACCACAUGGUUCAUCUGGAGGGCAUGCAGGAGGCCCUGGUGCACUGUGCCCAGGAGCAGGGCCUCUCCACCCCGCCGCCUUCUGCAGAUGGUCCCCAGGCUUCAGCGGCCUCCAUCCUGGAGAGGAACACCCUCGCAGUGGUGUGGGUCUUGCUGCGCUGCUUGCAGGCAGAGGUGAUCCAGGCCGAGUCGUCCCUGCUGCAGGCCGCUGCCUCCCACCCGCUGUACGGACGGGUGCACUGCAUCACUGCCUCCCUGCAGCAGCUGGGCACUGGGUCUCUGGUCCUGAUCGGCCAAUGGAGGAGCUUGGUGGUGGAACUUAUCGCCACAUCCUACAGGAUGUCCGACGUGGUGUCGCCCGUGGUUCAGAGCUCCUCCCCUGAAGGUCUCAUCCCCAUGGACCCAGAAUCUGAAACUGCGGCCGACUUGCAGCGGAUCCUGGAGGAGAUCCAGCCACGGGACUCCAACCACUUCUUUGCUGGAGCCCGGGAACUGGACUCACAGAGUGGCACCGGCACCAUAGCACCUGCCACUCCAGUGCCCGAGGUGGAUGGCACAGGUGGUGAUGGUGAGGCAUACAGGGUCACCGCCCAGAUGGUGCUGGUGUGCUGCUGGCGCAGCAUGAAGGAGGUGUCCAUGCUACUGGGGCAGGUGUGUCAGACCAUGCCCCUGCAGGGCUCAGGGCCUGGUGUCGACAGCGUCAUUACGGAGGAGCAGGCGGAGGGGGUGGGCCGCUACUUCCGGGGGCAGCUGCUGCAGUCCCGGCAUCGUGGGGCCUUCGAGCUGGCGUACGUGGGCUUCGUGCGGCUCACCGACGUGCUGUGCAGGAGAGGCAGCCAGAUCCUGCAGCAGCUGCCCGCCCGCUGGCUGAGGGAGGUCCUAGAGGAGGUGAAGCGCAGCGACCCCUCGUCGAAACUGUGUGCCACGCGGCGCAGUGCCGGCAUUCCGUUCUACAUACAGGCCCUCCUAUCGUCAGAGCCCAAGUCCUCCAGCUGCAGUCUCCUGAAGACCACGAUGAGGGAGCUGACAGCCCUGGCCAUGCCCCCUCGCGCCGCCACCCCCCACGGCAGCACAGUCCCGCAGGUCCACGCCCUGAACAUCCUGCGGGCCCUAUACCGGGACACGCGCCUGGGAGAGAACGUCAUGCCCUUCGUCGCCGAUGGUGUGCAGGCUGCCGUGCUGGGGUUCACCUCGCCGGUCUGGGCGGUACGCAACUCGUCCACCCUGCUCUUCAGCACCCUGAUCACCAGGAUCUUCGGUGUGAAGAGAGGCAAAGACGAGCACUCUAAGAAAAACAGGAUGACGGGCCGGGAGUUUUUCACACGCUUCCCAGCUCUGUACCCCUUCCUCCUGGGCCAGCUGGAGGAGGCUGCCAUGUCUGUGGAAAGUGACUCCGGAAAAGUCAAAUUGCACCCCAGCCUCUAUCUCCUGUUGCUUGUUCUGGGACGGCUCUACCCCUCCCCCAUGGACGGGUCCUGCUCCCCGCUGGGAUUAGCCACCUUCCUGCCCUUCAUCAUCAAGUGCGGUCGCUCUGCUGUGUAUCGGACACGCCAGAUGGCAGCCAGGGCCCUAGUGCCUUUUGUCUCUGUGACCCAGCUCCCCUCCACCAUUGGUGCUCUGCUGGAGGACCUCCCUGUGGGGCCUGGGCCUCAGGUGCAGCAGAACCACAUCCAUGGCACCUUGUUGCAGGUCCUUCACCUGUUGAGUUCCUAUCACGCGGAGGCACACAGGAGCCAUUCAGAGGCCGGAUGGGGGGGUGACAGUGUUGUCAUCGCCCUCCAACCACGACUGUGGCUGGCCACCAGGACAAACCCUUGUCUGGUUACUCGAGCCUCUAUGCUGGACCUUUUGGGGAGCCUUUGUGCAUGGGAGAGGACCCCCGCUGAUGCUCCCGUGCUGUCCCAGCUCUGCGAGGAGGCGCUCUCCAUCCUGAUGGAGUCCGAGCUCGUCUCCGCCGACGCCCCCCGCCCGCCUUCGAGCCCCGGGGCGGCACAGUACCUGCUGAGCUUGGCGCGGCUAGCGGUCAGCGCGGCCUUGGAGAGGCCAGAACUCUGGGGGGUGGGUGAGAGAGGCCCCCAGCUCCUGGGGCGUCUGCUGCAGUGCCCGCAUCACGAAGUGAGACUGCUGGUGCUGGAGGAGGUCUUGAAGGAGCUGGAGGGACUGGCGGAGGGAUCGUCACAAAGACGCCCGGUCUCCACCUUCCUCGAACAGAGUGCCUGCAGCCUCACCACCAUGGCCCUGCAGGAGAAGCACCCCCAGUGUCUGGAAAAGGUGUUGCAGGUGCUGUCCAAGGUGACCCUGGCUUCUAUUCUGCCGUGGAGGGAUGGCACGUCCGCUCUGACCCACGCCGAGGCUCUGGACCGACUCCUGGCGCUGGCUGAGGGCUCCGUGCACAGCGUCAAUCUCCACUGCGCCGCCCUUGCGCUGACCUCUCAGCUGCUCCUCUACCUGGCUGAAGGUGGCUUCCAGCAGGCAGGUUCAGAUGUGGUGCCGAUAGUGUCUCGCUGGGGGGCCCUAAUGAGCCGCUGCUGUGGUGAAGAGCAGCCCAUGGAGGUGAAGCUGGCGGCCGCGGACAUCCUCGUAAACUCCACGCCUGGCGUCCUAGCCAGCGCCGGCCUGCCCCUGGGUCUGAGCAACACGGUGGCCUUGUGGCGGAGUCUCUUCACCCUGCUGCAGGACGAGGACCGGGAGGUGCGGGACCGGGCGUCUGACUUUGCCACGGCAAUCCCGCGGCACCUCCUAGAUCCGCAAGGCACACUGGACUUAUUCAGCCUGUGGCACCUUGAAGUGGGCCAGCUUGCUGGGUCGACCCGAUUGACUGUUUUCCUUUGGCUGCUGAUGAAGUGGAAUUCUGACGCUGUCACCUUCAUACCCCCCCACCCCCAGCACUCCGCCUGGCGUUGGGGAGGGCUGUACUCAUGGGGUCAGGUUUGAGGAAGGCGUGGGGGCAUGGUUGACGCCAUUUCUCGGUAACACUUGGGGGGGUGCCUUCCUGGAAGUGCCGUUUGGAAAAGGAGGGGGGGUUCCAACCGCCGCAGAUUAAGGAUGGUCCACCCGGCCCUGCAGCGGCGACGGUGGUUUGGAACGUUAACCUGAUAGAAGUGGUUUUCCUUCAGCGGGAGCAGGAUACCGAAACUCGGGGGGGGUGGGGGGGUUGUUACCUGAGCGUGGGUGAUGGAACUGCCCAGGACUGGCCGUGCUGUCAUGGUGAAGACGGUGAGUCAGUGGAUUGAACGUUGCCUGUCUUGUUGUGUCUGCCCGGCUAAUCUGUGCGGGGGUGUCUGGUUGGGGGGGGUCUGACCCUGUGGGACACACGUGGUGAACACUGGCGUGUUUGCUCUGCUCGGCAUUCCGCCGGCGGUAUCUGCAUGUGUUCGGCAUCCCAGCGUUGGCCAGGAGAAUCAUGGGAAGUCUUUACUGGAAAGUUCUGUGCCGUGGAUUUCAUCCCCCUACCCCGCCCCCUACCCCACAUGCGCACACAUUGCCAGGGCUUUUAUAGCGCAGACUGCCUGGGGGUAAUAGAACCAGCUGUCUUUGAGGUCUGUGCCAGCUCUGUUCCUCUCCACCCACUUUGGAUCAGACCCCUGUUCUGGUGGGAGUGGGGGCAAACCUGCACCCCGACUCAAUCUUAGGGUAACCACAGUGUUCUGGAUCCAGUAUGAUGCUUUUGCCCCCACCAACAAUGUGUGCCAGGUGCCCCCCCCCCCCCCAUGAUGUUUAUGGCUCUGAACUUCACUCUUGAGUGGAGGUAGGGGGAGCAGAUGUACUGGGGAGUCUGUCACUUCAGCCCCUCUUCCAGGAGAGGGGGAGAGAGGAGAUCAUGGGAGCAUCAGGUUUAGCCUACGAGUAAGAGCGAUUAGCCCCUUUGCCCCACCAGAUAGAGGGCAGUAGUGAGUUAUUGGUGUAGCCAUCUGGCCAAAAGGUAGCAGCCAGCCUAUAUGUAUGUAUAUUGUUACAUUUCAUUCAUAUUAACUCUGAUAUAGUGCCUUAGAUGUUAACGACAACCCUGGGGGGUUGUGGGGGGGUGGGAGCGGUGAGGUAACGGUUCUCCAGAAAGCUGAAGUCUCCACAUAAACAUUCUGCCUUUGAAAUGUAAGUGGCUCAACGAUGCAUAGUUAAGUGGGAGGGGGUGUCUAUUGACAGCUCACCCCCCCCCCAUUUAGUAGCCAUUGGAGUUAAUAGAGAAGCCCAGUCCUACACCCAUUCAUCACGAACUGCUGGUAAUGGUCUUCUUUUCACGCAUUUCCCACUGUCUGACAGUCACUGUUUUCCAGUUGAGGGUGUUUAUUUCAGUUCACAUUGCAUUCUGGGUAGUGUAGGGUAUGGCGACAGACUAGUGGAUCUCGGCACCGACCUCCAACAGAGAGCUGGGUUCUGCUGUGCGGCUUGGAAUGGUGCCCCCGCCCCCCCCAAAAAAUCCGUAAUUUACCUGGAGCGCAGGGCUGGAGUCGAAGCCCAAGUGGAGUGGGUAUCCGAGGACUUGACGGGGGCUUCGGAAACAUCUCACUCACCUGGACGGUGGCCACGAGCGAUCUCUGAGGAGGGUGGGUAAUGCCGCACACCCUGGGCCCCUCCAGUUCACCGCCGCUGCCGUCUCCUCCUUUCAUCGAAUGGAGGGGACCGAACCUCGUCCUCUCCACAUGAGGUGACCGUCUGGGGCGGCAUAACCCAGUUUCCCCUCCACAAGAUGUCGUCCUCACUUCGUUUUAAAGAGCGAGCCUUUCCUGCUGCUAGUUAUUAAUAUUAUGUCUCUUCCCGCUAUGAAGCAGUCACUCUUUCGCUUUCCAAAGCUCCUUUUGCGUUUCCUAGAAAGAGGGAAACUGAGCAACUGUUUGUGAAUUUUGCAGGUUUUUCAGUAAAUCACGCCUCAUCAUCGUAAUUACAGGCCAAAUUAGGGGGGUGAGGCAUCAUUGUGAGGAGGAGAUUGUUUUUCUUCCUCAGGCACCGGCGAAGUUUUAGGUUGCACCACGGUUUAACGGACUUUUCCAGAACAUUCUGAAAGAUUUGUUUGCCAUUCAAUGCAUCGGGGCAGGAGAUAAUGCAGCACUUAGCAGGACACUCUUGUAAAAUGGAAGUGGCCUUUUUCAUCUAGCCUUAGAUGACGAUGGCAGAAUUUGGGCUGCAUUUCUCCCUCCCCUCUGGGGUGCGAUUUUAUUUCUUGGCUUUGAAGGAGAACGUAGAGCUUAACCCCAAGCAGCUGCUGCAUCCCAGGUAAUCUGUGUGAGGCGGCACCCACCCCCAGACGUACCACUAGGGCCCAAACCACCUUUGCAUGUGUGACCUGAGGUAAGAAAGGCGCUGACUCGCUCAUGGGGGUGUCUGUCGCAGCCAGCACAGCGCACAUCAACAUCCCACCAAACCAAACUCUAUGUUCUCGUCCAAAAUAUCUCUUUAUAAGCCACAAGGAUUCUGGGUAAGCAAAUUUAAUUCACAAAACCCUCAUAGUUUAAAUUUUGAAAUGAGACUGGUUCUGUACCUAAAGUUGUCCCCCCUCCCCCCCGCCCACAGUAGCUUGACCAAGUGGUUGGUAAGUAACCCAGUUUGCUAUGAGGACUUGUCUAUUGUAGGUGUAUUGGAAGGAUGUUACGUGUGCUGCAGUGGCGGGUAUGGUCAUAUAUGGUGGUGUGCUCUGUUUGAGUGAGCCCCCCCCCCGCCCUCUCCCCGGGCAAGUAAUUGCCCUUUAAGGCUGGUUCAUGCUUCACGUGGACGCGGCAGUGGCGUGGUGUGCACGCCGGUUGUGACGUCGUAGGGGCCGGCUUUGGACACUUCGCAAGAGCCGCGCACCACUCAAACUGAAACAACGCAGAGGCUCCGAUCAGUGACGCAAGUGAAUUUUGAUUGUUCAUUGGCCAGGGGAAAAGUAGCAGGAAGUCAGAAAGUAUUCUAACCAAAGAUUGUUUAUAAACACCUUUUCUACCCUCUGUGAUCAGAAUGAUAACUAAUAUGGCUAGCUGGUUUGAAGAAUGGCUGACAAAGUCCAGAAAUACCAGCAUUUACGAUUCCCUGCUACAGUAUUAUAAAGACUCCCAGAUGGCUGCAAGCUAAAAAUAUGCUUACACUGCCAUGCCACACACCUGUGUGUGUUUCUGUUUCUGUGUCAGUGUCACUUUCAUUUUUGAUUUUUUAAAAUUUAGAUUGUUAUUUUCAUUUGAUAUCCUUAGUUUUAGUUUUCAGUGUGGUUUAAUCCGUCUUUAUUAAGUAUGUAAAUCUAUUUAGUUGUUAUAUUUUGCUUUGGUUUUAAUAAUUUUGUUUCUAGGGAUGGAUGGAAAGUUGUAGGACUUUUCUGGCUUCUGCCCGGAUGUCAAAGUGCCAUUGGCUGUUUCUAUGGUUAAGUCGCAUUGCCCGUGAGGUCCAACAAUAAACAAAUCGUUACUUUAGCCAAGUAGUAUUUUUAAAAGCAGUAACGGGAAGUAUUCACCAUUUUAUUUUAUUUCUGUUGGUUCUGGAAACAAUAGUUAUAGUUCUCGUUUAGUUGUAAUUUUUUUUAUUUUCCAGUGCAUUUUCUUAUUUCAGUUUACGUAACUGUUUUCAGUAAUGAACGUUAUACUGCCUUGCGUAAUGUUAGUACAUAGUAAUCGAUUAGUUUUAGUAAAAUUCUUUUUUUUUCUUGUAGCAUCCAUACCACACGUGACCUUUUAAGAGCAGCUUUGCACUACAGCGCCACCCCAGGUCUGAUAUCAAAGUUACACGGUUGCCAUGACGCAUUGGCGCUAGAAGUGUGAACGUUCAGGAUCAGGGGCGGUCCGGCACCACUGUGCACCCGCUUCCGAGUGAACUCUGAAUCGGCCCAUAAUCCUCCGGGGUGCAGUCGUUUGGCUGAACAAGGAUGGUCGCCCCCCCCCCAUUCAAAGCUCAUUUUCACAUCAAUACAGAGUCCUUGGAAAGAGACAUUGAAGCCAUUGACUCUGUCACCUGGGGCCAGACCCCGCCCCCCGACGGGAUCUUAAACAGUGUGCUCUCCUCUGAUCAGAUACCAGAGCUCUAUUGAAGGCCUGUGACAUCAUCGGUGUGGCAGGGUGCUGGGGGUGUCUGUGCAAAGCCGUGGAAGUUUACCUGAAAGGAGCCCCUGGGGAAAUGAAGUGCUGAAUGGUGUCUGUCUGUGGAAUUCUCAGUGCCCACAUGUUGUGGUUAUGGGACACCACUGGGUGAGGGAAAGGUGUCGGGGGGUGGGGGAGGUGGACGUCGUCGUCGUGCCCAUGGAUAGGAGCAGGAUCUCCCCAGAAGUCCCAGCGUUUGUCUGCAGUGGGACAGGCGUGUCCUCCUGGUGUGCAUGUGGAGUUGGUGGGCAACUCUCUCAGGUCUCUCCAGUUUCAUGGCCCUGACAGUCCCCCCCCCACCCUGGAUACCAAACACCUUCCAGCUGCAGUGCUCAAAUCCCCAUGUUUGCCGAACACCAAAGCUCCCUCUGGUUAUUUAAUAGUUUUUAAUUAGUUCCAGGCCAAAGCUCUCGCAGAUCUGCUACGGGAAUUAACUGUCCCUCUCCUGUAGAAUUUAACUCCCAUCUUGCAGAAAUAUCCCCACAUGUCACCGAAUUCUCCGCCCCCUAAACUCCAAUCCAAAUUUUUUUUUUAAAAAAUCAGAUGCAUGAACAUGCAGGACCUGCACCGUCAGCAAAGGGGGGGGGGGGGGGGCUGGAAUCCCCACUAAGAAGGUCUCUCCUGAUCCGACCUCCUUCCGUCAAAAUCAUAUUAAGUGCAGGAAUGCAAAGCAGAACCAGCACCCUGGAUGUGCUGCAGAAACACCAGCUUAGAUCUCUGGCCAAGUUGUAAGCGCGUAGGUUGGAGAGCAGAGGGUACAAAUUUAUCUUUAUUAAUUUCUUGUGCAGACAGUUGCUGCUUUCCACUGCAACUGAGAAUUUUUUCCAACCCCUACAGCUGUCCUCUCUGAUGACCUAACUCUAAGGUACAACAGUGCUGUCCACACUGGGAUUUUUGGUCUCAACCUGCUGUGCUGAUUAUCAUAUGUUGUUACUAUGUCUGAGAGGGUCUGAUGUGGGCUUUGAAGGGGUGUCGUGUCGUCCUAUUGUGGGGGGGGGGGGGGUUAGUGGACUGUCCGGAUUGGCACCCCAAGUUCGUUCCUCCCAUUAAAAAAAAAAAAAUCCUGAAUGCGGCCGGAAUGCAUCCAGUCAUUGUGCCAGGAUAUAGAACAAACAUGGAGGAUUAACUGUGAUGACACUCCCUUCGCACAC